GCCGUAGAUACAGGAAGUGAGACCAAAACAAAGGAGCGCCGACCGGGAGCGGACCUCCUUGAGCCGGUGUCGCUGCUGCUUCACCCCGGCCCACCCGACAGAAGCCGCACGACCAUGUCCAACAUGGAGAAACAUCUGUUCAACCUGAAAUUCGCGGCCAAAGAACUGAACAGGAGUUCAAAAAAAUGCGACAAGGAGGAAAAGGCCGAAAAGGCCAAAAUUAAAAAGGCCAUUCAGAAGGGCAACAUGGAAGUUGCGAGGAUACACGCCGAAAAUGCCAUCCGCCAGAAGAACCAGUCGGUGAACUUCUUGAGAAUGAGUGCACGAGUGGAUGCGGUAGCUGCCAGAGUCCAGACUGCAGUGACGAUGGGCAAAGUGACCAAGUCCAUGGCGGGUGUGGUUAAGUCGAUGGACGCGACGUUGAAAACUAUGAAUUUGGAAAAGAUCUCCGCUUUGAUGGACAAAUUCGAACACCAGUUUGAGACCCUGGACGUCCAGACGCAGCAAAUGGAAGACACGAUGAGCAGCACGACGACGUUGACCACUCCCCAGAACCAAGUGGAUAUGCUGCUCCAGGAAAUGGCAGAUGAGGCGGGCCUCGAUCUCAACAUGGAGCUGCCUCAGGGCCAGACCGGUUCCGUGGGAACGAGCGUGGCUUCGGCUGAGCAAGAUGAACUGUCCCAGAGACUGGCCCGCCUUCGCGAUCAAGUCUGACGGCCCAACCAGUCCGAGAUUUCCUUUUGAUGUGCUCUCUGUUUUAGAGAGAUGUCCUAGAAUUGUGCCAGAAUGCCGAACAGUCUUCUAUGAACCUACAGCCCUCUCCAGAUAACGCUAAGAAAUUCCAGUUUUUCUCCACUUCUAACUGGAUUUUAAAGCUCUUUAUAGCUUAUAAUGAUGUAUAUUUUUAUAGCUGCCUUUUAACAGAACUGGUUCAUUUGCUCUACCUAAAUCUAGAAAAAAAAAAUCGGCAGAACUCUAGCCCUCAUGUAUUCCGUUUUCACUUAGAGUUUCAGAUUGAAGUUAUUUUUAGUGUGGUUGAUGGUACAUAGACUGACAAGAGGUGCAUAAAAAUGAAAGGAGGAGGAAUGGGUACUUAGUUUAGUAACAAAUAUGUAAACACUUGUUCAACUUAUUCGGUGGGAAAUACUUUCUGUAUAUCAUUUGGUUUUCUUUGUUUUUGCCAUCAAAGAAUGACUGCAAUCGACUAUUAAUUUAUUCUUAUAACUUAUACUAAAGUUAUCUUAGAAGAUGAUUGCAAAAUAUUCUUUAAAUUCUGUUCGUGUUAUAAUGGAGUUUGUGUAACUGAGAAAAAAUGCCAAAUAACUUCAUUUAUUUUCAGGAAAAAUUAAAUUGUUUUGUUUAUAUUCUAUUUACCAAGAGUUCUUAAGACUUAGACUUAAGAUAAUUUCUAAGAUAAUCUCUAGUUGUUUUCUAAUGAAAGUCAACCUUUAAUAGACUUCUGAUCAAAAUAAUGUUCAUCAACAUGACAGCCCUAUCACGUGCCAAACAUUGCCAAAGAACUGCUGAUUUGGUCCAACUAAGCCCUGGGACUGUAUAAUUAUAGGUUUUGUUUUUAUUUAAUAACCAAAAAUAUAAAUAAAAUUAGAACAGCAUUUUUAA